AAAUCCGUAUUAAUAGAAUAAUUGAUAUCUAUAAAGAAUUUUUAACCAACGAGUGUCCAUUUCUUCUAGGCAAUGGGAAAAUAUUGGAAUUGAAAGAUCUCGCGGCGAACGUAACCACGGAUAUGAUCAGCUCUACGGCGUUCGGUUUGCGAGUGAACUCGCUGGCCGAUCCGAACAACGCGUUUCGUUCGGCGGGCAGAAAGAUUUUCAACUUCAAUUUCAUUCGGUCCCUCAACUUCCUUACAAUAUUCUUCUUCCCUCAGUGGGUCGACUAUAUUCAUCCGAAAUUUUUCGGCGCCGAGGCGACCAGAUUCUUUCGAAACGCCUUUUGGGAUGUGAUCAAUCAUCGAAUAGAGUCUGGAGAGAAGAGAAACGAUCUCAUCGAUUUGUUAAUAGAGCUCAGGAAGAAACACAAGGGCGAAGAAGUAGACGGAUUCAAAUUCGAAGGUGACGAUUUAUUGGCGCAAGCCGCUGUGUUUUUCACUGGUGGUUUCGAAACGUCAUCCACUACCACGGCUUUCACACUGUAUGAAUUAGCUUUGAAUCCCGAGAUUCAGAAGACUCUUAGAGAGAAGAUUCAUGAAGCCCUUGAGAAGACUGAGGGCAAAAUUACUUACGAAAUGGUUACGACGUUACCGUAUCUCGACAUGGUAGUAUCUGAAACCCUUCGCAAAUACCCGCCUCUAGGAUUCUUAGACAGAGUCGCUGGAGCUGAUUACAAGGUACCCAAUUCCGACUUGGUAAUAGAGAAAGGUACACCGAUAUACAUGUCCAUGCUCGGUAUGCACUACGAUCCGGAGUAUUUCCCAGAACCAGAGAAGUACGACCCCCUAAGGUUCAGUGAUGAGGCGAAAAGGUCCAAAACCCCAUUCACCUAUUUUCCCUUCGGCGAAGGACCUCGCAUCUGCAUUGGCAUGCGGUUGGGAUUAAUACAAUCGAAGCUAGCAAUCAUUCAAUUCCUGAAAAAUCACGAAUUCUCUGUCUGUGAAAAAACGCCCAUCCCGAUGAUCCUGGAUCCUAAAGGAUUCACGACGACGUCCAAGGAAGGAA